AAAAAGGGCCCAUCACCAUCAAAUAAUGGCUCCUCUCCACCGUUUCUUGUUCGUUGCAACAGUCGCCGUCGCAUUACUUUUGGCCCUCUCCCCUUCACCGGCGACGGCAAUCAAACAAACCAUAAAUCUACAUCAGGCUCCGUCGAAGCUCAUUGAGAGCGUCUGCAAGAGCGACUCCGUCGAUGAUUACAAUUUCUGCAUCAAAGCCCUCAGCUUUCCCCGAGCCAUCUCUGCCCCUGACGCCAAAGCCCUCACCCCGGUUGUCCUGCAACUGGCACAGAAUGAUGCGAAAGCCACCAGAGACGCAAUCAAUGCUCUGAUGAAGACCCAAAACUUUCCGGCGCUCGCCCAGUGCUUGGAAAAUUAUGAAAACGCCAUUAGAUCAUUCGGCAUGGUAACCGAAGAACUGGAGGAAGACCCGAUGACGGCCAAUUACGAUAUCAAGGUUAACACUGACCUGGCAGAUGCAUGCGAUCGAGCAUUGGCCGCCGGUAAAUUUCCGGCCCCUCAAAUUACCGCCGGAAACCUAUCUCUGAGGCGUUUUGCCCUGAUUGGUUUUCAGGUAACAAAUUUGUUGUAGGGUGAGAGCAGAGGAAGCCAUGAUUGAGCCUUGUGAAGUCGUCUACUCUGUUCUACACCAAGCGCCGUAAUUCCUAGUUAUAUUUCAAUUUAGAUAAAUUAAGACAAAAAGAAAUGGUUUUAAUUUUUUCUUUUGGCCGUCAAGGAAAUGGUAUUAAUUGAAUUUUAUUAUUUUUCCCAAAAAUGGGAACGACGCAAAGAUAAUU